AUGGCAAACUAUUCAUCAAUCGAACCUAUAGCAAUUGUUGGCAUAGCCUGUGAAUUUGCUGGUGGUAUCCAUACACCAACUGAAUUCUGGCAAGCACUUGAAGAAAGACGUAGCUUGGAUAGUGACAUACCUAUUGAACGUACUGAUCUUAUGUCUUAUUGUGCUCAUAUGCUCAAUCAAGAUAGCGGUGAAUUUUGUAGCAAACUUAUUCGUCGUGGUUAUUUUCUGCCAACAUCAGUAUUGGACACAUUCGACGCAGGUUACUUCAAUCUUUCAGAUGGAGACGCAUCAUCCAUGGAUCCAUGCCAUCGUCUGCUUAUGCUAAAAUUUGUUCAUUUAAUCGAUGAUGCUGGUUAUACUCUGGAGAAAAUUCGUGGAUCACGAACAGCUGUUUACAUUGGUCAAUUCUCCAAUGAUCAUGUGAUGGCAUCACUUCGACUCAAACCUGAACAUCGAACACGUUAUCAUUGCCCUAAUGUAUUACUUUAUAACGCAUCGGCCCGUUUAUCUUAUCACUUCGAUUUACAUGGAUCAAAUGUGUCACUAGAUACUGCUUGUUCUUCGUCACUUCAGGCCAUUCAAUUUGGUGUGCAAGCAUUACGUACAGGUGAAGCAGAUAUGGCUGUUUGUGGUGCAGUCAAUACUGUUUUGACACCUGAGCAGCUUCUCAAUUUUUCAAGUAUCGGUGCUAUUGCCGUUGAUGGACUAAGUCGAGCAUUUAGUAUUGAUGCUAAUGGUUAUGCAAAAGGUGAAGGUCUUGGCCUUGUUCUUCUCAAACGACUAAGUGACGCUGAACGCGAUGGUGACAGAAUAUAUUGUGUAUUGCGGGAUAUUUUAAGCAAUCAUGAUGGAUGUGAAAACAAAAACGGAUAUGUUGUACCAUCAGCUGAUGGACAAGAACAUCUUCUUAACGAAAUUUAUACAAGAACACAAUAUGAUCGAAAUCGCAUCUUUUAUGCUGAAGCACAUGGAACUGGCACACAGGUUGGAGAUCCAAUUGAAGCAAACACUAUUGGUAAAUUCUUUCAACGAUCGUCUCUUGAUCCUCCACUACUGAUAGGGUCUGUAAAAACUAGUGUUGGACAUACAGAAGGAGCGGCUGGGAUUGCAUCACUUAUUAAAGUUUGUCUAUCGAUGAAACAUAGGAGAAUUCCACCAAAUAUGCAUUUUAAAACAUUCAAUCCAAAAAUUGAAGCACAACGUUAUAAUUUGCAUGUAGUGCAGACUAUUGUUCCAUUUCCGCCAUUCGAUCCUAACAAUCCAAACGAACAUCCAGUAGCUAUUAGCAUUAGUUCAUUCGGAAUUGGAGGUAAUAAUGCUCAUGCUAUCAUUGAAGAGUAUCACCCAAAACAAACAUCGAUCACUACAAAUGGACAUAUUUACAACGAGCAACUUCAACAAUACUUUCUAUUUCUCUUUUCGACCAAGAGCAGUGAAUCACUACACAAACAAGUAGCAUCAUUUCAUGCAUGGCUACGACAAGUAACAGUUCCGAAUAAUGAACAAUCGUUUCUUGCACACAUCUCUCAACAAUGUUUACUUAAACGUACAAUAAGUUACGAGCAUUUAGCUAUAUUUAUCUCGGCCAGUCUUGCUCAACUACAACAACAACUUGAUUCUUUUGUUUCCCAACAUUCCAAUCCGGGAGUCGUCAUCACGAAACGUCUUUUAUUAAAUAAUCCACGCAUAUGUUUUGUUUUCAGCGGUCAAGGACCUCAAUGGUGGGCUAUGGGUCGACAAUUAUAUUCAUCUGAACCAGUCUUUCGUCGAUGGAUUCAACUAAUUAGUGAAGAAUUUCUUAAGAUAAACAAUAGUGAAUAUAAUCUUCUUGAGGAAAUGAUAGAAAAGGAGGAACAAGCAUCACGUAUUAAUGAUACAAAUAUUGCUCAACCAGCUCUAUUUUCAAUUCAAGUUGCCCUUGCAGCUCUUCUUUUGUCAUGGCAUAUUUUUCCCAGUGCUAUUGUGUCUCAUAGUGCUGGUGAACAAGCAGCUGCUUUUGUUGCUGGUCGUCUCUCAUUGACAGAAGCUAUUUGUUUAGUUUAUCAUCGUUCACGUCUUCAACAUCGAAAUACACGUCAAGGUGGUCGAAUGUUAGCUGUUGCUAUGGAUGAACAAGAAGCACGCGAUUUAUUAUUACAAGGAAUUGAAGAUCGUGUUUGUGUAGCCGUUGUGAAUAGUCCUCGUUCGAUAACACUUAGUGGAGAUGAGAAAAUAAUCGAAGAGAUUGAAACAAUUCUUUCAACAUUUUAUCCAAAAGUAUUUAAAGCUCGAUUGCGAAUUCAAAAUGCUUUUCAUUCACAUCAAAUGGAUCGUUUUGGUAUCAAAGAAGAAAUGCUUUCAACACUCAAACACAUUCGAGGUCUUCCUCUUCAAGAUAAGAAAAUAAUGUUCAACGUUGACUGUGCUCAUGUUCCCCUUUAUUCAUGUGUUACCGGACGUCUGAUUGAUGAUAAUAUGCCACUUAAUGCUGAAUAUUGGUGGUCAAAUGUUCGUCAAUGUAUUCGAUUUAGAGAUGCUAUUCAAACGAUUAUUAAUCAUGGAUCAAUUGACACUUUUCUUGAAAUUUCCCCACAUCCUGUUCUAGCCGUAUCAAUUCGUGAAUGUUAUGAGAAAAUAGCUAGCACUUAUCCACUCAUUCUACCGACUCUAAAACGAAAGGAAGAUGAACAGAUCACACUAUUAACCUGUGUUGCACAACUUUCACACUCUUUGGACGUAUGGCACCAUUAUCUCUCAUCUCGUUCUAUUCAAGCAAAUGGAAGUAUGCAACAUCUAUUCGAUACAUUUCCAUUAUAUGCAUUCAAUCUUACUCCAUGUUGGUAUGAAUCAAAAGAAUCUGCAAUAGAACGUCGUGCUUAUCGGAUACCAACACAUCCACUAUUGGGCGUUCGACAAUGGUCUGGUCAUGCGUCGGCAACAUGGAAAAGUCUUAUCAAUGUAAAUUUACCUGAACAUGCGUAUUUGAUUCAGCACAAAAUUCGGGACGCUACUUUACUGCCUGCCACUGCUUUUGUUGAAAUGGCCUUAGCCGCUUGUUAUGAAUUGCUGCAAGCAACAACAAGUAAUGAGGUUCCACCACCAAUCGCUUUUGAAAAUGUUGAAUUUGUCAAAGUUCUUGCUCUUUCAACGCAUGAAUUGACUGAAAUGAUUACACAAAUUGUAAUGCCAAUGCGUGAAUGGUUUAUAUAUAGUCGACCAUGGUCAUCGAGUGGACAAGAUUGUUUGCGACCAUCAGGCAUGAGUUGUGAUGACUUCGUCAAUUCUUUUACUAAUCAGCAAGCACUUAACUCAUAUUCAUUAGGAGAAUUUACUCUGCAUGCACGAGGUUUAAUUGAUAUUGGUCCUCAUCUGAACAUAUACGCUUCUGCUGCCGUUCGAUUUGACAAUGAAAUAACCAAUUGGCCUUAUAUGGAUUGCGAAACGAUGUACGGUCAUUUCGCAACACGAGGUUUUCAAUACGGUCCAAGAUUUACAGUGACAAACUGGGCUAAAUGUGUAACUUCAAAGGUAAUUAGUAGUAUAUCUCCACGAAAUGAAGAACAUAAGGAUGAUCGUUAUCAUCUACAUCCAAUUUUAACUGAUGGUAGUUUACAAGCACCAUUAUUUAUCUUACCUGGAGCGGAAACAUUUCUUCCAGUUUCUCUUGGUAAGAUCAUCGUAUAUGGAAGUACAUUUAAUGCACCUGAAAUGAUCUGUAACGUGCAUUUUCAUUCUUCACUUGCUGGUCUUUCACAAGAACAUGCAGUUACUCUUGAUAGUGCUAUAUUUAACGGUCAAGAUGACAUAGCUUCAUCAAAUACGAAGCCGAUUGUUAUGUUUCAAAUGUUUAAAUAUCAACGUCAAACUAGUCAUUGGUCACUAUCAAACAAAUCUCUUUUAGAAAAAAUAAAUGAAUUUAGUUCUGCACUCAACGGACAGUUUGCCGAAUAUCUGCCAAUAGUAAUUACCAGACAUUGUCUCGAAAAGAAAUGGUCACAUAUUCUGAUUGAUUCAUCUGAGACUGUUAAUUUACUACCAUCAUCGGAUAUUUUAAUUCAUAAUAUAGAUCAAACUGAAAAGAUAAAUAAUGAUAAUGAUGAUAUCAAUAGUCAAUUGAUAAAUUCAAUUCAAGCGUUGAAUGAAUUAACUGCGAAAUAUGCUCUUCAUGCACUUCAACAUCUUUUAUCAUUAAACAAUACUCAGCCUAUCAAUGAAAAUGAACUAAAACGUCAUGUACGAAAUGAUGAACCCUAUUUUCUUUGGCUUAUGGAAGCUUUGUUUUCACUUGUACGCCAAUGUGGAUUGAUUGAUCAACUUGGAAAUCCAUCUUUAUCUAUAACUAAUCAUUCACUUCAACUCAGUCACAAACAGGUUCUUGACCAAUUUCCUCUUCUUAAAUCAUUACUUGGUCUUCUGAAUGUAAAUGGAUUACAACUUGGUCCAAUUCUCUCAGGGACACAAUCCAUAGGUGAUCUAUUUAUAAACAAUAAAGACAAUGAACAACUUCUAGGUGACGUAUUGAAUAUCAUCUCAUGUUCGAAAACUCAUAAACUCUUUCAAGUACUUAUCGAUCAUUUAUCUAAUCAUCAUUCAAAGCGUCUACGAAUUUUAAUUGUUGGUUGUGGAACAAGUUCGAUUGCUUUACCUAUUCUUCAGCAAUUAGUUAGUUUUGCCGAACAAACAGAUACAUAUGUGAAUCUGUUAUACGUCGAUCUAACUGAAACACUUUUAACAGAAGCUGAGAAGGCAUUUCAAACUAUUCUUACAAAAGAUAAUAGAAAAAAUCAGCUAAUUUCUCUAUCUUAUCAUGUACAUGAUAUACAAGCCGAAUUUGAUGAAUCAAAUAUUUCAGCUGAAGGUCAUGAUAUUGUAUUUGCGGCUAAUGUAUUACAGACAACAGUUGAUGCUAUUCAUUCAGUUGAUUCACUACGUCGUCUUCUCGUACCUGGUGGUCUUGUAUGUUUACUCGAAUUGACUAUCACUCAUUCAUAUUUUGAUCUUCUCUUUGGUAUUUUGCCUCAUUGGUGGCGUGAUAGAUGCAUUCGUGCUCCAUUGACUCUUGAUCAAUGGGUACAAGUUAUACAGUCCGCCAGUGGAUUCGAUCUGCCGAUAGUAUCAUCAAAAGAAAAUCAAUUCGGUAACACGCUUAUAAUUGCUCGAAAAUCAACAUUGCGCUCUACUCUUCUGCGACUUCCCGAGUGGCAAGAUCAGGCAUGGCUCGUACUUGGAAAUCGUACAAACGAUACAAAAGAUUUGUUCGACACACUUUUAUCUCAUUUACCAAGUUCGAACAACAUAUUAUUGCAAGACAUCCUAACAACAGAAGAUAUUUGUUCAAAUAUAAAGGACAUGCUGGUAAAAUAUAAACAGGUAGAUAUUGUGUUUGCUUGGCCACUGGACUUAAUUCCACUAGGGCAAAAUAACGACGAAACAGUAUUCAAAAGACAACACGAGUUGUGCAAUGUAUUUGUUCGUAUUCUUCAAACAAUUCAACAAUAUCGACAGACGAAUGCUUCUUUUCCAUACGUAUUUCUGCUUACACAAAACUCUCAAUCAAUAGGUAGUAAUCAACGUUUUAAUCCUAGUGCUGCGCCAUUAAUUGGUCUUGCUCGUAGCUUAAGUGUUGAAUAUGGUAGUCAUCAUAUCAAGUUAAUUGACUUACAAUCAGCAGCGAGUACAUCUUCAGAUUCAUCACUUUCUACUAUUCUCAUUCAACAUCUGAUCAACUCUCGAACAGCUGAUAACCUUAAUGAAAUUGUUCUCCAUCAGAGUAUGGAUAAUAGCAUAGAACGUUUUGAAUGGCAUUAUGAUUUGCUUUCAUCAAAAGAUCCCAAUGAAUCUUCAGCGGCAGUCGAAACUACUAUAAUACCUCAAAAGGAUGCUGACAUGAGUCCAUUUCGACUCCAAGUUGCACCAUCGCGUUUUGUCAGCGAUAUUACAUGGAUAAAACAAUUUCCUUUAACUGACACUUUAUUACCUGGUCAACUUUUAGUUCGCGUACAUUGUGUUGGUGUCAAUUUUCGUGAUGUUCUCAAAGCACGAGGCCUCUAUCCACAUACUCGUAAAUUCGCUGAAUUAGAUAAAGAUCAACCAUUAUACGAUCGUGAUAGUACUAUUGGUAGUGAUCUUAUGGGUACUGUUAUUCGCUCAAAUUCAACCCGUUUCAACAUCGGAGAUCGUGUCACUGGCUUACAUUUAUUUGGUACCUUUAAUUCUCAUAUUAUUACUACAGAGCAAAGUGUUUUUCGUGUACCUGAAGAAUGCUUGAUGUCGGAUGAACAAUUAGGGUCAUUGCCCACUGCAUUCCUUACAGCAAUCCUUUCUUUAAAAUAUCGUGUUAAACUCAAGCGCGGCCACAUUGUUCUUAUUCACGCUGCUACAGGAGCCACUGGUCAAGCUUGUAUUCAGUAUUGUCAAGCAGUCAAUGCGCGAGUUAUUGCUACGGCAGGUAGUGAAGAAAAACGACGUUUUCUAAGAGAGCAUUAUGGUAUCGAGCAUGUAUUCAAUAGUCGUGAUCUUUCAUUUGUAAACAAAAUACGAUCCCUUUUCCCAGAUGGUGUGAAUGUUGUUGUCAAUUCGCUCUCAGGUCCAUUUCUUCAAGAAUCUGUCAAAUUACUUAAAUCUCAUGGUCAUUUUAUUGAAAUGGGCAAACGAGAUAUAUUUAAUAGAAGCAAUCUAUCACUUUUUGAAUUGCGUGAAGAUUGUAAUUUCCAUGUUAUUGAUUUGGCUUUACAUGGUCGUGAUGACCCAGAUCACAUACAAGAGAUGUUAGGCGAUAUGAUGGAAUAUUAUCGAACAGGUUUAUUUAAACCUAUAGAACCAUUGACUAUUUUUGAAGCAUCUGAUGUAGUUAAUGCGUUUACUCAGUUGAGUCUUGGCCAAUCCAUGGGCAAAAUCGUAGUUCGCCUAGCUGCUUCUGAUAAACCUCUUUUACUCAAGGAAAGCAACUCAAAUAUACGCAAUUGUGAGAAUAAACUAGAACGUAUGUUAUCUAAAUCUUUUGAUAGCCAUUCAUAUAAAAUGUAUGCUUUUUUAGAAGCAAUGUUUCCACCCAUAGUUUGUGACAAUGGAACAGUUCUUAUCUCAGGCGGUCUUGGUGGUCUUGGCUUAACCAUGGCUCGCUGGAUGAUAGAAAAACGACGUGUUAAACGCAUUGCUCUUCUGAGUCGUCGUACUCUCGCACAAUUUGAACAGUCCGACCAUAAUCCACAGCUCGACGAAUGGAUUCAUUUGAAAGAAGUAGCAGCUAAACAGGGUGCUUCAAUUGAUGUCGUUAAAGUGGAUGUCACUCAAUUCGACGCCGUACACGGACUUAUGGAACGUCUUAAUAAAACAUCGCAUCCAGUACGUGGUAUCAUACAUAGUGCAGUCAUAUCAGAUGAUAAACUAUUACCUAAGCUGAAAUCAGAAACAUUGACGUACGUCAUGAGACCAAAAGUACAUGGCGGGUGGAAUCUUCAUCAAGCAUCACUAUUGGUUCAAGCGCCUCUACAUUUUUUCAUUAUGUUUUCAUCACUUCGUAAUCAUUUGAUUGAUGCUGGAUCGAGUGGCUACAAUGCAGGAAACGAAUUUUUCGAAGCACUUGCACAAUAUCGAUACCAACAACUUCGAUUACCAGCUCUAGCCAUUGGUUUGCCAGCAAUAAGUGGGGCAGGAAUGUUUCAUCGACAGAAAGAGUUUCUGACAGGUUUAUAUUCUGCUCAAGGAUUGGAGAUGUUGUCUACUGUUGUUAGUUUCGAAAUAAUCGAAAGACUUUUUACUACCCAACCAAAUUGUCCAUCGCCUGUUAUUUUUGCAGUCAACUGGCAAAAAUUGAAUGCUCAAAAAGAUCAAUUAUCUAAUCAUCAAUUGGCUGAGAUCGUUGAGCAACAGGCUAAUCAAAUUGAAUCUAGCCAAAUAACAGUAAACAAUUCGGAUCAUCUAUCAAAGGAUACUCUUGAAACUAUUGUUGAGCGAACUCGGGCAGCAGUCAUGCGACAACUUGGAAUGACCAGCAUUGCUCGAAUUGACAUAAAUCGUUCUUUAAUUUCACAGGGUAUGGAUUCGCUUGUUGCCGUAUCACUGUACAAUUGGCUUGUUCAAGAAUGGGGUGCCUUUGUCGCGUUAGCUGAAAUUUUUCAAGGCAUUUCAAUACAACAGAUUGCUAAUCAAGUGCAUAAAAAGUUAAACGAUCGUGUUGAAACGGUCGCCACAUUGGAAACUACUGCUUCUACCAAUAUGAAUCAGACAGACCAGAUUGAGGAAAUAUCGGAAGCUCCAACAACGAAUAGAACGUUAUCGUAUAAUGGUAUGGAAAAAAUCAUAAACAUGUUGCCCAUUAAAGACAGCAAAUCAAACGUGUUCUACAUUUCUCAUAAAACUAUUCUUGACACUGAGUUUAUUAAAAAACAUGCCAAUAGUCAAUCAAAUGUCUAUGUUAUUCAUGCUUCAAAUGAUACCUCGAACAUGGAUAUAUGUGUUCAUGAAACAAUUGCUCAAAUACGUCGAUUACAGCCUCGUGGUCCUUAUUCUUUAUUACCUAUUGACAAGGAAAGCGAUUGUAAACCUUACUUUAUCCUUGCCAAGGAACUUAAAAACCGAGGACACAUCGUUUGGCUUGGUGUACACAAACGUUUUGAAGAUCAAGCAAAAGCUAUAGGUAUUGAUACAGUUGAAAUUGGUGGUGACUUAGAAUUGGUUUUCUCAACAACAUCCGAUGGCAUUGAAUUACGACGGAAUUCAAGUCUUUUUAGCACUGACACAUUUAAACGUGUAUAUCACUCAUUAUGGGAAGAAUGGUUCAAUGGAAUUUUAGCUGGCAUAAGAGACGCUGAUUUAAUUGUUUUAACAGUUAUGUCCGUUUUAUUUGGAUUAAGUUGUAUUGAGAAAUAUCCGAAUAUGAAAGCAAUCGGAAUUUAUGGUUGUGCUUAUGAUUCUACAGCGGAAUUUGCGCCGCCUAUCAUAGCCACUAAAAGUCAAAGUCUGUUUAAUUGGAUCAAUUCACUUGAAUGGAAAAUACUCGAACGUGCACAUUCAUUUUUAUAUACAGAUAAAAUCAAUCAACUUCGUGCUAAUGUGGGCUUACCACCAAUCAAAGUGAAUUAUAAUCAAAUGAUUCGCUCCUUAUUUCAUAAACCAAUGGUAACUGCCACGAUCUAUUCAAAACAUUUACUUCCACGUCCAUCUGAUUGGUUAGAAAAUCAUCACAUGGUUGGUGCAAUUCUUGAAGAAGAAAACUAUAAUUUUGAACCAUCCGAUGAUAUUCUGACUGUUUUAAACAAAUGGAAAAACGAAAAGAUCAUUUAUGUUGGUCUUGGUUCACAUAUCAGUGCGACGUUUGAGAUAGAUAAACAAUUGGAAUUAUUCAACAAUAUUCAACAAGCUAUUCGAAAUAAUAAUUGUAAAGCACUUAUAUCGCUAGCAAGCGUAGAACAAACAGUUAUUAAUAAGUUAUCCAAAGAUGACAAUAUAUUCUAUUUAAUACAACUUAUUCCGCACAAUUGGUUAUUUCGGAAUAUAUCAGCAGCAAUUCAUCAUGGAGGUGCUGGGACUACACAUAUAUGUAUACGAUAUGGCUUACCAGCAUUAAUAUUACCUAAUGUACAUGAUCAAUUAUCGAAUGGUGAUCGAGUAUUUAUCAAUAAGUUGGGACCAAGAUCUAUUAACUUGCGUCAAGUUAAUGUGAAGAAUUUGACCAAUGCAAUUAAGGAUUUGUUUCAAAAUUACACCAUGUAUCAAACAAAUGCCAAAAAGAUUGGCGAAUUAAUAAGGAAUGAAGAUGGACUUGGUGUUGUUGAAAAUAAUUGUGUUGAAGAUUGUAAUGAUGUUGAUGAUGAUUUAUAA